UUCACACCAUGACGUGAUUGGGUUAAUGCAAACACUCUACAUUAUGCCAUGACCAUUUUGCUGUCUCUCUAUCUGGUGUUCAGUUCGCAUUCAUUGUAACUUAUGGUACAAGCCCCCUGGAGCUUUGAACAAAAGCCUGUUAGUCACAUGCUUUGCGCAUGGUGCACACAGACACAGAGGGGACGGUAUAAAACAAAAGGCCAUGCGACUGGCGUCAUUUCUUCAACUUUCCAAACGUGGAUUGUGCUCAACUUAGCGAGGUCUCUCCACAUCCUGUACUUAUUUUGAUUCCUGUUCAGUGAAAAUGAAGGACGUUAUUUCGGAAGCAAGAGGGCACAACAAGCCUCUUUUCCUGAUGUCCGUGCUUUUCCUAGGCGCGUGUUUCUGUGCUGUUGUUGUUCUUGGCAAGGAUUGGCUGGAAUUUUCUCCAAUGGAAGCAGUGCACGUAGUAGUACCGCCGAACAUAGAGCACGAACAGAACUACGGUAACCCCGUCCCGACACCCUCCGCGAACGUGGCUUUCUCGGUUGCUCGGACGGACCCUCUCGGCCCUUUCCCCAACGACACGACGAUGCAGUGGAACUUCAUGUACGCUAACGCCGGAGGGGCGUUCGAUAUGGACACGGGAGUAUUCACGGCUCCUGUCGGAGGAACGUACUACUUCUCCUGGAACGGACAGAAGCGUUCCAACACAAACGACAUGGCGCUGUACCUGGAGAUCAACGGCGCGGGGCAGGCCGGGAUAUAUGAGGACAACUGGAACGGGGGCGGGGGCAUCUUCACUCCCACCCUGAACCCGGGCAACGCGCAAAGCGACAUGGUCGUCCAUCUGUAUCCUGGGGACAGGGUCCACCUCCGCUUGAAUGACGAGGCUUACCCAUACUCCACCAGUUUCGGCAAGUACACAGGCUUCACUGGGUUCCUCUUGUUCUCCGACGCUUAGGCACAGUCGACCACCAAUUACCAGAUUCACAAUCUGAGCUGCUUAUGAGAAGUAUGGUGUAUUGUGGGUACGUCUGGACGUGUAUCAAACAUGGUGCACCAUAACGAUCUGUUCACAAGUUAGGGGCCUCACCAAUCCACAUUUCAAGUCGUGAACUGGCUUACUGCAAUCGUUUAAAAUCCUCCAUACAGCUUAAGUUUAGGAGAAAGGUUAGUGUUGGGGUUAGAGAUGAGAAGAUUUCAUCAAUGUACUCUCUUUUUUAAAUAAGGUGUGUGUGUAAAGAUGUAUCAACUGUAUAGUUGACAGAAGUCUUCGUAAUUUGAAUGUAAGUUUAUCUGUGACGAUAGUCAAUAUUAUGUUACAAUUUUAAACUCUAUAUCCGUACACAUGAUAAAUCGCUUACCAACAAGCUUUCUUCGCAGUUGUUAUCCAUUGUAUAUUCAGCUAAAAUUAUACAAAAACGGCUGCAUGGAAUAUACAUGUAUGCUUUAAAUUUUCUGUCUGUAUAUCAACAUACGACCAUGUUGUUGAUGAUAUAUGAACAAAUGUACAUUGUCGUUGUUGCCAUA